GUGUUGGCUUACCUGCUGGUGACGAGGUACACUGUGUGGGCUAAUGAGCUGGGCUACCACACCUUUGGCCAUCCAGUAACAGAGGUCGCCGUUAAGACCAUGGCAGUGGGAGGCCUCACCAGGAUCCAAUGUGCUGGCGUGUGUACCGAGCUGCAGUGUUUGUUCUUCUCCUACCCAGAUACGACCUGCCAACUACAAGGUUUGGACCAAGAAGAUGCCACGAAUGAGAGAACCUUUGAGACCUCGCCAUUACAAGACCUCAUGAAUCCUACCACAACUACCACUACAGUUCUCCCCACAAUUACAACUACCACAGUUCCUCCCACAAUUACCACCACACCUACCAUAACUACCACCGCAAACUCGUGCCUGAUGUGCAACAAGCCCCUCUACGGACAGCUCGCCAGCGCUCCAGUUUCCAACGCAGUCGACGCUUCGGGACAGUCGAGAUGUUACCUGGGCGAGUCUAGCACCGAGCACCCAAAACCCUGGUGGCUAAUUGACCUGGGGGGAAAAUACACCAUCACAUUAGUGGAGAUGCUCACCUGGGAGGGAGGAGUGUCUGACUUCAAGAAUGUGGAGGUCCGUGUAGGCGUUUCCUUAAUGACUGACGGAGACUUCACCACUUACCUCUUGUUUGGGUUUUAUGCUGGUCCGAAUCUCACUGGAGAACCUGUGACCUUUACCAGUGGUCCAGGGGUCACGGGUCGUUAUCUCAGUGUUCAGGCGGAGAGUAGCUACCUGGACCUGUGUGAUAUAAGGAUUGAGGUUCAGUAA